CGGCGGCUCGGCGCGUGCCAGGUCUGCCCCGAGCAGCUGGCCGAAGGGAGGCCCCAGCAAGGGCUCUUUUCUAGCUUCCUGAGUCACAACCAGAAGUGCCAGCUCAUGCUCCUGAAGACGCUGGAGACAAUUGCCUUAUGCUGUGAAGAACUUCAGUUGCAAGUCCCUUCUGCAGUUUAUAUGCCGAAUGAGACCCAGUGUUAGUGUGAUGUGACCAGCAUGGCGAACAGUUCAGCUAUGACCUUCCUCAGAUCUGGAUCCCUAUGUCAAACUUCUGCUUGAUGCUAUGAAGCACUCAGGUUGUGCUGUUAACAAAGAAAGACACUUUUCAUGUGAAGAUUGUAGUGGAAAUGUCAGUGGAGGUUUUGAUGCUUCGUCCUGUCAGAUUGUUUUGUGCCAGAAUAAUAUCCGUAAUCAGGCCCAUAUGAACCGAGUGGUCACCCACGAGCUCAUUCAUGCAUUUGAUCAUUGUCGUGCUCAUGUUAACUGGUUCACCAAUGUCAGACAUUUGGCGUGCUCAGAGGUUCGAGCUGCGAACCUCAGUGGAGACUGUUCACUUGUAAAUGAAAUAUUCAGGUUGCAUUUUGGAUUAAAACGGCACCAUCAGACUUGUGUGAGAGACAGAGCCAUACUUUCUAUCCUGGCUGUUAGGAAUGUCAGCAAAGAAAUAGCCGAGAAGGCUGUUGAUGAAGUGUUUGAAUCUUGUUUCAAUGACCACGAGCCUUUUGGAAGGAUCCCACAUAACCAGACCUACGCAAGAUAUGCUCAUAGAGACUUUCAAAACCGUGAUCGGUAUUACUCAAAUAUAUGAAGACAAUGACGUUUUAUAUCACAGAGCCUCAGUGAUCAUGAAGAAACCAAUAUGGUUCUUAAGUGAACAAAUGUGUAAAAUGUAAAUGAUCAAUUAAAUACAGUCAAAAUCCAGAGAAUGCUGAUUUUAGCAUAGGAUCAGAAAAGUAGCUUGCGUAAAAAAGAUGAAACAGUCUUAAACUCCAAGGCAAAAGUGGUAACUUUAUAGUCUAUCUAUAUAUAUUUUAUUUGAUAAAUAAGAUACAAAUUACAUUUUUGUAUUUUCUACAGUAUAUUUUUGUUUUUAAUAUAUUAUUGUUUUUGUUACUUGACAUUACUUCAAAAUUUGAUUGUGAAACCUAUGAAAUCUCUUAAAUAAUAGCUGGUAGUAAGAGUUGAUUUAUUUACAUUAAAUGUAAAGAGAAGUGAACUGAUCUUAUUGUAAGAUAUUUGUUGGGCUGUCAUGAGUAACACAUGGGAAAAAUGGAAGUUGGGAUAAUUCAUGGUAUGGCUUAAUUUUGGGGGGAACAGUUCUGAUUUCUUAGUAAAUGUACAUAAAUUUUUAGAAUCAGAUAUAGGUACCUUUUAGAUGUAUAUAAUGAUCAUAUUCAUCAUAGAGAUACAAAUUAUGUACCAUCUCCUGCCCUCCCUUCAACUUUUCCUCCCCUCCUUAUUUUUUAUUUUAAAAAUAAACAAAUAAAAAGGAUAA